AUGGAGGCGCGGCUCAAGAAGAAAGAGAUUGAACCCCCACGCCCGAAAGAAGUGGUAGAUCCGCCUGGGCGCCCGUUGCAGCAGUACACUCCACUUUCGGCUUUGCAUUUUUUUUUACAAAACAGUAAGAGAGACAUCUCAAUAGAUGACACAUUUGGACACAGAUACAGGAUGGAGCAUACACAGGCAGCAAAACCCCAGGUUGGGGUGCGAAGCGUUAUAAAUCUCAAGAAUAAAUUUGUGGAAAAAGAUUUCCGACCAGAAGAUAACAUACGGCCCUUUGAGGGUGCAUUGGAAUAUUUCUUGAAGAAAUCACCCGAGCAACUCCUGUCAGCAUGCCGUGGCAUUUUCCCACUACCUAUAAAGCCCUGUUUUGUUUUUCAACAGGUAUGGGGCAAUUUUGUUACUUAG